AUGCACGUGGAUAGUCUGGAGAGGAAACGCAAACUGCCCAAUGGUCGUGUGAGCAAUGAUCAGGUCGACCCAACACAGUCCGAACCAACCCAGAAUGUCAAGAAGAUUCGGCUAACUGCCAGCCAUGCGGUCGUGGGGCUCCGAUCAUGUUACCCAGAGCCGAGCAGCUCACCAACCCUUGACAAAUCCUUUCUCCCUGCUGAGGUAUGGCACCAUGUUUUCACUUUUUGCCCCCCGAGGUCGUUGGGAAACCUCCUGGCCGUCAACAAGUUGUUCAACGUCUACUUGGACCCGGCUUCAUCAGUCCACCGAGCGCCACACCGUCCUGCAAACCAGGGGACGCUGCGCACCCGGGAGCCUAACGACAUAUGGCGGAAGUCACGGGGGCUCUUUUGGCCCCAAAUGCCUGCACCUAUGGACUCAAAGACUGAGCUCGAUAUGUGGCGGCUUGCCUGCUCACCCAAGUGUCAAGGUUGUGGCAAGCUCAGAGCUCUAGAGCCCGAUGCCCAUAAUUCUCGUCACCCAGGCCCGGGAGACGACGGUGUGGUGGUUGUCUGGGGGUUCGGCCGCUGCCUUUGCGCACUCUGUCUUCUGAAAUGUUGCCACAAGGAGCUAGACCUUCAAAUAUCGCCUUCGAUCCCUUCUAUUAUCAUCCCAGCACUUUCUUUCAUUUUUCUGACGCGGGAACGCGAUGUAUUCUCAGCUGCCGCGGUCGAACAAACCCCACUCCCCGAUGGCUUGUCGGCCACUAAAUUAUUCCUAAAAGCAGAUGUUGAGAACUUGCAAGAAGAGUUUUCCCGUGUGCAAGAAAUGGGCCAGGGUACCAUUUCUGAGUGGCUCAAGGGCCUCACCAGCCGAGGCAGCGAUGCACAACACCAGCCAGUCAAGUGGGAGAGGUGGGAAGCUUCCGGUGGCGUCUCGAAAAUGUGCUCGGUAUUGUACCCAGGAUUUACCGCGCGAGCUCCGACAUCCCUACCUCCGAAGCCGUUACUAAAUCCAAACCUCGCCCAAUCCACCACUCCAGGACGCCAUGAGAGGACCGCCGAAGAAGCGGCAGAGAUCAAGGCGGCGAGAAAGGCAGAGAUUGAGCGGCGCUCCUUGCUGUUAGACCCGCCAUUAAGGGCCGACGUUCUUUGCCGUAUUCCCGCUUUUCAAGCCGCGACACACAUUGUCGCACCCCUGACCGACGACGCCUGGGACAGGCUAAAGCCACGGUUACUAGCGCAGCGAGCCGAUGCCGAAGCUCUGGAAAUUGUGCGCAAAUCGGAGCCAAUUCCUCGAACAGAACACAGCCAACCAUGCCUUGAGACGACUCUAGCAGCGGGAAAGGAGGCUCGGGACCUUGUCGACAAACAUUGGGAAGAGGUGCAAGCCCCCCUGCGUGCCAAAAUUGCUGGCUACGCGGACGAGGUUCUUCGGGACGACUGGAACAAGGGCAAAAAGGUUACCAAAGAAAACUGCUCACGGUUUGCGGUCGACGCCCUUCUCCACGUUCGAGCGCAAUUCUACGCCCAUGUCAGUAAAACGAUGGCCGCCGCUAAGCUAGCUGGAACCCCGGCCGACAUUGAUCCUCCAGAAGGUCCCUUCACCCAGAAGCUGACAUUGGAAAACAUGAAAUGGAUCUUUGACACAAAAUUCAAACCCCACACGGAACAUCUGCGAAAGGAACUCUUCUAUUGCAACGGGUGUGAAGGAAACUACAAGGCGUUUGGCUUUGAAGGGGUUAUCCAGCACUACGCAGCGAAGCAUACCAAAACCCUGAGUGUGGGAAGCAUCAUCGUGCAUUGGAGAGCUGAAUGGCCAGAACAUCCUCCAUUUAGCGCCACGCCGCGAACCGCCCAAUCUCCUUUCCACCCGCUCGUUCCAAGUGGCUUUCCUCCCGUUGGGAGCGCUCCGCUUGCGAUCAACUACCCCUACCCGCCAUCGGAGCUUGUUCCACCACCGCCGCCGGCCCCAAGCCCUGGCUAUCCGUACCCUACCGGAUAUGAGUUCCCGCCUCCAGUAUUCAAUGGGCCGUACCAACAGCCGCCCCCGCCGCAUCCCCACGCUUUUCAUCCUCAGCAUCCCGCUCAAUUUCCCGCCCCUCCUCUGCCGCCGCCUGGAUAUGGACAGCUACAGCCCCCGUAUGCCACCCCGCCUGGACCUUAUCAAGGGUUUCAGUCCACGGCCGCCCCGUAUGGUCUUUUGACUGGGCCUCCUGACUCAACGUACGGCCCGCCUCAAAACGGACAAUACGACUAUCUCAAUCAAUAUGCCCCGUCGAUGCAUCCGCCCUUCCCAGACCUGUACACCACCAAGGUAGACGACAUUGCUCGAAACUCUCGUGAGGUUUGGCGGGCACUCGGGGAUAUCAAGGACUUCCCGGGUGAUGCGAGGGUCUGGGUGACGAUUCACCACACGGUCAAGAGGUUCCAGUCGCGUUUUUACGAGACCCCACUACUUUCCAUGUUCAUCGACGGCCUUUCCAACCACAAAGAGAUGCGCCCUGUCCGCAACGUGAACGAGCUUAUUUGUAAGACUUGUCAUCUGGCACUCGACAGCGCCAACGGGGCCAAACAAGACCGGAAGGAGUUUUCGCUGCCGCAGCUCACCAAUCAUUUUCAGUUGGAGCACUCAGGCCUCACCCAAGGCUCUGCUGCUGCCUCGGACUGGGCCGUGGACAUGGUUUGGGUGCGCAACCUCUCAAGGCUCCCACAAUACGUCUCCUCGGCCAACGAGCCGCAGAGGGCUUUGAUCUCUGCUGCGCUUCCACCCGUACCCGAGCUACCACCAGUUCCCACCGCUAGCCAAGCUUAUGCCAUUGAGCCCCAUCAUAGCGGGCCGACUCCUUCGGUCGACGGACGUGCCACUGCGGCAACCGGUGCUCUAGAGGUGCCUCAGAGAAAACGCCACCAAAUGUCGAGCGGGCUACAUGACCAUUCGACACCUGAAACCCUAUCAGAGAACGGCGGCUCGACAUACACUGACGACGGGUGGCGGGCGCCGCAUGCCUCACGGCCCGGCAAAAAGGGAAUGCCACCAAAGGCGGAGACUUCCACGGACGGGCUGUUUGAAAAGCGAUUCAAGAAACGCGAAGAAAAUAGGAAGUGGGAGGAAGAAAGGAAGCGCGAUGCGACUUCUCGGCUCCUCGAGGGUGCUAUCGGUCGAGCGGCAACGCCCCCGGCCGCGUAUCCUUCGGCCAGCACUCGGCAGCCAGGGGUAGAUGUCGCGGGUCGUAAUCAGGCGGGCACCCAGGGCGAGCGUCGUGCAUCCCCCCAGGAUGGAGCAACAUUUCAAGCGGAAACUAGGGCCGAGAAAUUCAGCACCGUCGCAACCACACAUCAACAGCAACCUGAAGAAUACGAGAAGCUGCGUCAGUUCCGCGGUCAUCAAGGAAUAUCGGAAUCAACAAGGUUUACAACAAGUCCAAGUACCACCCCGCUCGACUCUCAAUCGGACCUCAGACGCGGCGAGGAGAGAACUCGAACGUCGCUCGUGGGCCUCGCCCCACCACCAGCAGACGUUCCUUAUUAUCCGUACCCGGCAGCAACAGAGCGGCAACUGGAACGAUAUCGCCACUCGCAUACCCAACCCAGCUUUGUCGACCGGCCCCAUGGCCACAAUGGGGAGUCGUAUGGCCUACUGGCCGCGCGACCCGAGAACCGCACGCAUGAAGCAGCGCUGCCCGAAACGGACCGCCCCGUUCAUUAUGAUAGCAUAGGUUUACGCGGACGACCAGUUGUCGAGACAUACGAGAUCGUGCAUGUCAUUGACGAGCAAGGGGAAUAUUACGUCCGACGACCGCUUCGGCGUGAGCCUGAGCCCCGUUACGUGUACCAGGCACGUGGAGUCCUCCACGAGACGAGUGCCUAUCCCGCUGGUGGGAUUAGGUCAGCCCCUUUUCCCCCGCCUGGUUUCGUCCCAGAUGCAGCCCGAGCUGGGGCGAACGGGGGGCCUGACAAUCGGCCAGGCGGCCGGCGGACCGACCCCGCCUACCUAGAGGAGUACGAUCCCAGGUUUCCAGCUGCUUGA